AUGCGGCCCCCUCGCGUUCGUGCCGGGACCACCACCCGGCCAUUUGGCGAGAGACAGAAAAUGAGCGAUGGCGCCUCGACAAUCGGCUUCCAGGGCGAUGCCAUCUGGGCCCAGGAGCGAGUCGUGGAUGGAAUUCGUUUUCAGCACGUCGAAUGUACAGCAGCCGAGUUGGAGCGGUGUGUCCAGUUGGCGGCCGACCAGUUAUGGUAUUACUCACCGGGCUGCGGCGGGGUAGACUGGUCGGUGGCU